AAAACGGAAGAACUAGAAUGGCACAUGACAGAUCUUCGGGCGUAUUGCACUUGAACGUAUCUGCAGUGCUAGUGCUCAUAUAAAGUUAAAUUGCCCGAUUAAAGCAAGUGCGUUGUUGAAGGAAUCAAUUUUUAAGAAAUGGCCCAAGGGACACCGCCAUGGCUGGGCCAAGGUUUCGUGCAGAAGGCUCUGAGAAACGGGGAAGGGGAUGAAUCGAUUGAAGUGAUCAAUAUAUUCACGAAACCUGCGACGAAUAAAGGCGAUAACUAUACGAGUACCAUGAUUCGAGCUACUGUUGAAAUUUCUAGAGAGAAGGGUGGCAGAAAAAUCACGGAGAAGAGGUCUAUUGUUGUUAAAGUUGCUCCGGAUGAAGAAAAAUCGAGAGAUUUGGUCGAGAAGGCUGGUCUUUUUAGAACAGAAAUGUCGAUGAUGAGUGACACCUUGCCAAAGAUGAACGAAGUUCAAGGAUAUGUGAAACCAUUUAAUGCUAGGGGUUUUUAUAUGCAAAAAGGCGACCCAACUGUCCUAGUUUUUGAAGAUUUGGCACCAAUGGGAUACCGGAUGGCAGACCGUCAGGCUGGACUUGACAUUGAGCAUUGUUUAUUAGCUCUUCGAGCUCUUGCAAGGUUCCACGCAUGCUCCGUGAGAGUUGUUGAAAAGGAACCAGAACAAAAAAAACUGUAUAACCUAGGUAUGUUCAAUAACAUCAAUGGUCCGGAAAUGGGUACAUUUUUUAAUUCGAGUGUCAUGAAUUUUGGAAAGGAAAUAGCUUCAUGGCCUGAGUUUGGCCCUAAGUGUUCUGAAAAGGUGCAGGAAUUUUCAAAAAAUGUUUACGGCAAAGGUGCUGCGAUAUGCGCUUUUCGAGAGAACGAAUUUCAUGUAAUAAAUCACGGUGAUUUUUGGGUAAAUAACAUGCUGUUCCGGUAUGACGACCAUGGAAAAGUAAUUGAUCACAUUUUUGUGGAUUUCCAAUUGUGCGUUUACGGUACUCCAGCGAUUGAUCUUCUCUACUUCCUUAACACGAGUACAUCCCAGGAGGUCUACGAGAACAACAUGGACCUUCUUCUUGGAGAAUACAUAAAGACACUUUCAAACACGAUGCAUUUAGUUGGAUGCAAAACUGAGCCACCCACCUUGGAAGCCAUCAAAAAAUCGAUGGAAGAACGUGAAUUGUAUGGCAUGAUUGCUGGAAUUACAAUUUUACCUUUAAUUCUACUUGACAAAAGCGAGGCUAAAAGUUUAGAUGAACUUCUAUCCGAGGAUGGUACUAUGGAUAAUGCCUACAUUUACAAAGGAAAACUGUUUCGAGAAGUGAUGCUGAAACGAUUCCCAAAAUGGCAGAAUAUGGGAUUGUUAGAUUGUUAGUACUCCUGCGAAAUUAGUUUUUCAAAAUGACAAAUAUUUUGUAGGUAGGUCAAUUAUUUAUAAUUAAAAUGUAAAUUAGCAGUACUUUGACUGGUAAUGGGUCAAAAACUGUAAAUUAGUUGAAAAAGAACCAAAGAUAGUAUUGAUUAGUUAGAUAAGGUUUGUUAUCAAUUUGACUCUCUUUGUCUUCACAGAAAAAAAGUGAAUUUUUGUUGUACUAUUUUUAUGUGGGUAACGAUCCAUUUUUUUCAUAAAAAAAGAGAUACAAUAGAGUGAAAAUGGUAACAGCACACAUUGUUUUUUCUGUGGCGUUUUAAUCUUUAGAUGCAAUCUGUAUCAAAAAUUGUAAUUUCUUUUAUUAUUAGAGCGAUAAUUCAUAUAAUUGAAUUAUGUAAAAUUAUUAUUAUACAUUUUAUGAUUCUACAAAUAUUUUUUAUUGUGAUUCCCUCUGUAUCAAAAUUAUUCUAAAUAGGAAGCUAAUUUCCUAUGGUGUUCAGUAUCUACGAAAAAUAAUGUUAACUGUUGAUAUUUAUAAAAACAAACUCGGUGUCAAGCAGAAAACUCAGUAAUCAAUUUAUAAAUAUAAUCAGCAAUUAUUAUAAAUUAUUAAUAUAAAUUAGGAUUGUCUCUCCUGAGUGAAAGUGAUAUGCAUUGUGCAUGUGAUUUAUAUCUGAUAAAAGCCUUGUAGGAAAAUUAUUGUUCGAUUAUUAUAUUAUUUAAAUAAAAAUAUUAUUUUUAGCCAUUGUUAUUCAACAAAUCAAUUCGAUGUGAAUGAAUGAGUAAAAUGUGACUAAAUAAGCAAUGUAAUGCAAACAUUAUUUAUCACUUAUAUGGAUUCUUUGAGAUGUAAAAUAUUUUCUGAAACAAUCUUGAAAAUGAAAACCAUUUCUGUCUGUAUUUACGUCAAAAACUGAUUUAAUAUUAAAAUUGUAAUGCUCAUAAAUUAA